AUGUCCACAACGACAGCAACAGAGACCAAGGCCAGUGAUGCCCAAGGGCUCUCGUUGAAGGUGGAAUUUACCGGAGGUCUGGAGAUGCUCUUCUCCGAUCAACGGGAGCAUUCUAUCCGUAUACCUUCUAUCACAAGCGAGGGGAAGCCUACGACUAUCGCUUCUCUCAUUGAUUACCUCUGUGAGAAUACGAUGAAGGAUACCCGCAAGGAACUUUUCAUUCUGGACGGUCAUAUCCGGCCGGGCAUCCUAGUGCUCAUAAACGAUGCCGAUUGGGAGCUUGAGGGUGAGGAGGAGUACGAGCUCCAGAAUGGCGACAACAUCUUAUUCGUCUCGACCCUUCACGGAGGCUAA